GAUGUAGGCGUGACGCUGUGCCCAAAAUCUCAUAAAAAAAAAACUGUUCAGUCUUACCGAACACAAGUUGUUAUCAAAAUAAUUCAGAUGACGUCAUAAAAUUGAACCCGUCGAAAUAGAAUCGCGAUUAUACCUUUUUGAAUUUUGACAAUGUUUUCGAUGCGAACGCACCUUGUCGCAGUAUAACGCGCGUUUUGAUGGUUUGUGCGUCGGGCUCGCUGCUACAAAUAAUAGUAGUCAUAAUAAUAACAGCGGGUGCCUAAUCAUUACAUAGUCCGCGGCCUGCCUUUUCCGCUAUUCCACCGCCCCACCACCAAACACCCAACGACGACUACACACGUUUUCUCGUGGCAGGAGGCAGAUGAAAGUACGAUAUAUGUUUCCACGAUGAUGUUCUUAUUACACUAGAUAAUGACCGGAUACGAGUUGUAUUGACCCCAUACCACAAGGAAACCAAACCGUUUUUUUCAUAUUUCACUCGGUUAAUGAUUUCGCUCAGAACAGAUAAAUCACAUCCACUGCUGUUGACUUGUGUUCUAUCUUCUAUCGUUCUCACUCUAGUGUCAAAUUGUUGAUAUUGUGCUACGCAUCCUAAUUGCACUUUGUAUUUGAUUAGAAGAAAUAUUUCUAACCCAGCAUAAUGACGUACGAGACAGUUAAAACAUUUUACAAAAAUAAAAACAUAUUUCUAACGGGUGGUUCAGGUUUUGUUGGUGUUUCUUACAUAGAAAAAGUACUCAGAAGCAUGCCAGAUGUUGGAAAUAUAUUUAUUUUACUUCGACCACGGAAGGGACAAGGCAUCCAAGAAAGAUUGGAUACUAUGAAAAACAAUUCGGUAUUUGAUGUUCUUAAAACUUCUGAGGGUUUUGAUGUAUUAAAUAAAAUAAAACCUGUAUGUGGAGAUAUAUCUGAGGAAAAUUUAGGAUUAUCAGAUGACGAUUUCAAAAUGUUAUGUGACAAUGUGAAUAUUGUAGUUCAUUGUGCAGCCACAUUAGAUUUUGAAACUGAUCUCAAAACAGCUGUAAUUGUCAACUUGAUGGGUACCAAAAGUAUAGUAGAGCUAAGCAAAAAAAUAAAAAACCUUCAAUGUUUAUUGCAUGUGUCUAGUGCCUAUGUUAAUAGUAAUAAAAAUUAUGCAAUGGAAAAAAUUUAUGAUGCACCAGCGAACUAUAAUGAUAUUAUAAAUUAUACUCAAACUAUGGACACCGAGAAAUUAAACAGCGCUGCUGAAAAGAUCAUGGGAGAUCACAUUAAUACUUACACAUUCACGAAAGCUUUGGCUGAACAUGUUGUUAAUGAUGCCAGAAAUAUUAUUCGUACCUGUAUAGUACGACCAAGCAUGAUUGUUGCUGCAUGGAAAGAACCUGUUGAAGGCUGGACAGUAUCAAAAAAUGGUCCUCAGGGAUUUAUAAUGGGUGCUUCAAAGGGCGUAGUAAGGCGUUUACCAGUUAACAAGUCUUUGAUAUAUGAUUAUAUACCAGUAGAUGUGGUAAUAAAUACAAUGAUUGCUGGUACAUGGUUUAGUGCUCAAUUGCCAGAUAGUACACCGACCGUAGAUGGACAAACGCCAAUAUUUCAUUGUACAACAAGCACAUGUAAUCCAUUCCGUUGGAAUGACAUUUCAUCAAUAUUGACAACUACUUUACAUAAUUAUCCCAUACGUGGAGCUGUGUGGUAUCCUAAUAUAAAAUUUUUGCCCAAUUUAUUCAUGUAUUGGAUUUCUUCAGCCAUUUUUCAUUUUAUUCCAGCUUAUAUAUUAGAUUUUGUUACCAAAAUCUCUGGUGGAAGACCAAUCCUUGUACGAUUACAUAAAAAUGUGAACCGAUCACUCAGUAAACUUGCACCAUUUAUAUUUAAUGAAUGGAAAUUUGAUAAUGCUCGUACACUUCGUUUACAAGAAGAACUGAGUGUGGAUGACCAAUCUGUAUUUUACAUUGAUCCUACAUCUUUAAAUUGGACUCCAUAUUUUAUAAACCUUACAUUGGGUGUACGGAAAUAUUUACACAAAGAAAGUGACAAAACAAUGAAACAAGCAUUGAAGAAAAAUUUUAUGUUAAUGUUGGCAAAUACCGGUGUACAGUUAUUGGUAGUGACUGGAAUUUGGUAUUUAUCUUCAUUCAUAACUGGUACACCAUUCUUAUCAAACUAUUGGGCCGCAUUAAUAGUUAUUAUUUUUGGAUAUUUUUUUUAAGUUCACUAUUUGAAAUAACAGUGAUUAAUAGUUUUUAAUAUGAAUUGGCUUUGGUUUACAAUUUCAAAAUUUUACUGUUGAAGUAAUUAAAGAAAUAUUUUAUAUAAUUAUUUAUAGUUGUAUUAAUUCAGUAUUAUAUUAAUUUUUUUUUUUAUAGCGCUAAUAUUUUAAGUUAUAUUAUUCUUUUUAUACUCGUAAUCCUUGAAGUAUUAAAAUAUUUAAGUUGGUUUUUAUUUGCUAAAUAAAAAACAUAUUUUCUAAGA